AUGAAUCUCAACGAUCAUAAGCCUCCUUCUUCGUUUCAUUCACCCAUUCACACCAAAAUUGUGUGUUCUGCACCUGGUAAAUUAAUUCUUUUCGGAGAGCAUGCUGUUGUGUACGGAAAGAAUGCUAUUGCAACAUCUUUGAGUGAUCUCCGAACAAGUAUUACAUUGGAAUUGUUGAAAGUGGCUGAAUCAUCAUCCAAUAACAACAUCCAUACGAAACCUCCUAGUCUUAUUUUUAAUGCUCCUUCGAUUGGAUUUCAAGAAGAACUUGUCAUUCCUCUCGAGUCUAUUCAUCAAUUAAUACCGCCAACAACAAUUGUUUCAUCUACGGCAACCUCAACAACCGUAUUACCCGAUAAGCCCGAUCGUGGAAUGGUUGAUAAAUUAGUAGAAUUCACCAAACAAUGUAUUCAAACUAGUUCAAUCACUACAAGUGUUGCUGCUAUGGAGUAUAACAAGAUGAUAUCGAUUGUAUCCGUUCUCUAUGUGUACCUGUUACUACUGCUACUCCAAGAUGAUACAAGAAUGCGUUUCUUAAAUUCUCCCAAAGACUACUCGAUUCGAAUUGAUUUAUCAAGUACAAAUCUUCCGAUUGGUGCUGGCUUGGGCUCUUCUGCCUCUUUUUCUGUGUGUUUGGUUUCUGCAUUUUUACUUUUAUUUAAGAAAAUUUCUGUUUCAUCCAUUCAAUAUCACAACAGUGAUAAGAAACAAGAGAAAAACACUGUCGAGUUAGAACUCAUUAACAAAUGGGCCUAUUUUGUUGAACAAUUAAUUCAUGGUACUCCAUCAGGUAUUGAUAAUUCAGUUUCUACCUUUGGAGGUAUUUUGAGUUUUUCAAAAGGAAAAGUUCAAGAACAUUUAUCACCUCAAAUGUUACCGAAUAUGCGUAUAUUGAUUGUGAAUACACGUGUUGAAAGAAAUACCAAAUUAAUUGUUGCAGGAGUGAGAGAAAGAAGAGAAAAAGAUUUUGAAAGUAUUGAAAAUAGAUUGAAUGAAAUUCAACAAAUUUCUCAAGACUAUUUGGAAUUAUUGAAAAAGAAUUAUCAACAAAAUACUUCCGAGUGUUCCUUCUCUACUGAACUGAGAGAUAAAAUGGAACAAUUCAUUGAUCGAAAUCACGUGCUAUUGAAUGAGAUUGGAACAGGUCAUCCCAAAUUGGAUAAAAUAUGUGAAAUUGCAUCUAAAUAUGGUUUACAUGCAAAAUUGACAGGUGCAGGUGGUGGUGGUUGUGGAUUCAUCUUAUUGCCCAAUCCACCUAUGGAUGAAGUGGAAGAAUUAUUGAAAUCUGAUUUGGAAAAGGAAGGAUUUGAAUAUUUCAUGUCGAAUCAAGUGGCAGGUGUAGGUGUUCGAUGUGACGAAUAUUAUGAAGAAGAGUGA